UUCAUGAUAGAAAUUCCAGGACAUUAAUCGCUACAGGCACAAUUUCUCUCCGGCCACCGAAUUCUAGGGUUUUUUACUUAUCAGAUCUAAGCUUCAUCCAUAAGUCAACUGCAACUGUCAUUGAAUCGACAGCUAUUAACUCAUAGUCUUUGCGGGUUUCCUAUAUAGCCAGCCAAUUUCAAUCUUGUAGUACUAAUUUGGGUUGAAGGACGGAAUUGGGGUUGUUAAAAGGUGCAAUCUUGAGCGGCCAAUGCAAUAUCGUUCAUUGAAUUGGUUUGAUUUUCACUGCGUUUCUGGAGAAUUUCCAAGAAUUUGAAGUCUAGUUAUGAGUUCAUCAAUGUCUUGGGCGGAACCAGCGGAUGUUUAUCUCUCUACUUCUCUUGCUAGUUAUCUUGACAAGAAACUUCUUGUGUUACUUCGAGAUGGACGGAAACUUUUAGGGAUUCUUGCUUCGUUUGAUCAGUUUGCUAAUGUUGUCCUAGAAGGUGCAUGUGAGCGUCUUAUCGUUGGUGAUCUAUAUUGCGACAUUCCAUUAGGUCUAUAUGUAAUCCGUGGAGAAAAUGUUGUUUUGAUCGGGGAGCUGGACCCGCUGAAGAUGGAACUACCCCAAAUAUGGUCCGUGUUUCAGAACCAGAGAUAA